CUGAAGUGAACCCUACGGCGUCAUGGCGGAGGCCGGUUGUCGGAACAUCCUGGAUUGAUGUGCGAGCAUUGAGCUCUCAGGAUUAACCAACGGGACCGUGGCUUUGUUUACACUUGAACGGAGACGAAGGACUGUUUAUUCUGCGCGGAGAGUGAGAAGGCGAUACAACAGCGCUCCAGUGAAGUGUGUGGUCGGGAGCUGCUCUCCCUCACUGGGAGAUAAGCUAGCUAGUUCCAUAACUGUUAAUAAAAGAAGAAAGAAGUCCUGGACUCGACUGGCGGACUUGAAUGACUAUUUCACCGGAGUUUCUCAGUUGAGCAACGUUGACCAUAGUGCAGCCAGGGGACUGGUGGAGUCUUAACUUUGGACAUUAACAUGGCUGGCCGGAGUGAGGAUGAAAGCGUAAGCAAUAGCAGUGGAGAAUCCAGCAAUUCUGAUGAUGAAUCCGGUUCUGGAUCUGGAUCAGGGUCCAAAUCCGGUUCAGGUUCCAGUUCCAGCUCAUCCAGCAGCAGCAGCCAGUCAGGGAGCAGCGACUCAGGAAGUGGUUCAGAUUCUGGCAGCCACUCUGAUUCAGACACAGAGAAACCCAAGGAAAAGAUGGAGCCAACAAACAAGUCAAACAUUGAUGGAGCUGAGUUCUGGAAGUCAAACCCUAGCAUCCUUGCAGUGCAAAGAUCUGCUAUGCUCAGGAAACAGCAACAGCAGCAGCAGCAGCAACGACAAAGCUCCUCAAAUAGUGGCUCUGAUGAUGACUCGUCGAGUAGUGAUGAUUCUGACUCAUCUAGUGGAUCUAAGAGAAGAAGAAAUUCACGCUCUUCAGACUCCGGGUCAGGGUCAGGAUCUGGUAGUGGCUCAGGUUCAGACUCAUCAGCAGAGAACAAUGGCGAUGAAACAGCGUCAGACUAUGAGCCUAGUCACACGAUGAAAAGCAAAAAACCUCCAACAAAAAUGAAUUAUCGAAAUGGCAAAAAGAGCAGCACUCAAAAGAAGUCCCAGAACUGCUCAUCGUCCGAGGAUGAGGAUGACAGCUACAAGAAGGCUGCUGCUGGAGGGCCUCGAAGGCAGGCCACAGUCAACAUCAGCUACAAAGAGGAUGAGGAGAUGAAAACAGACUCAGAUGACCUUGUUGAAGUUCUUGGCGAAGAUGUCCCGCAGCCAGAAGAGGAGGAGUUUGAAACACUGGAGAGAGUAAUGGACUGCAGGAUAGGACGGAAAAGGGCGACGGGAAGUACGACAACAGUAUAUGCAGUUGAAGCAGACGGGGACCCAAAUGCCAACUUCAACCCUAAUAAAGAGGCUGGGGAUGUCCAGUACUUGAUUAAGUGGAAGAACUGGGCGCACAUCCACAACACGUGGGAGACAGAGGAGACACUCAAGCUUCAAAAUGUCAAGGGCAUGAAGAAACUGGACAAUUUUCAGAAGAAGGAGCAGGAAAAGAAAAAGUGGUUAAAAUCCGCCUCUCCCGAAGACAUUGAGUAUUACAACUGCCAAGAAGAACUUAUCAGUGAUCUACACUCUCAGUACCAGCUUGUUGAGAGAAUCAUCGGUCAUUCGAAUCAGAAGUCUGCAGCUGGCUAUCCAGACUACCUAUGCAAGUGGCAGGGUUUGCCGUAUUCCGAGUGUAGCUGGGAAGAUGGAGCUCUUAUCGCAAAGAAGUUCCAAAAAUGCAUUGAUGACUACAUGAGCAGGAACCAAUCAAAAUCCAUUCCAUCUAGAGAGUGCAAGGUGUUGAAACAGAGACCAAGGUUUGCGCCUAUGAAGAAGCAACCAUCCUACAUUGGAGGUGAUGGACUGGAGCUCAGAGAUUACCAACUCGACAGCUUAAACUGGAUGGCCCACUCCUGGUGCAAAGGCAACAGUUGCAUCCUGGCUGACGAGAUGGGUUUGGGGAAGACCAUCCAGACCAUCUGCUUCCUCAACUAUCUCUUUCAUGAGCACCAGUUGUAUGGGCCUUUUCUGCUGGUAGUACCGCUCUCAACUUUGACAUCGUGGCAAAGAGAAAUUCAGCUCUGGGCUGCGCAAAUGAAUAUUGUGGUCUACCUGGGAGACAUCAGCAGCCGAAAUAUGAUAAGGACUCAUGAGUGGAUGCACAUUCUUAACAAGAGACUGAAGUUCAACAUCCUUCUCACAACAUAUGAGAUUCUUCUCAAAGACAAGUCCUUUUUGGGCAAUGUGAACUGGGCUUUCAUAGGCGUCGAUGAGGCUCACAGACUCAAAAACGAUGACUCGCUCCUGUACAAGACCAUGAUGGAAUUCAAGUCCAAUCAUAGACUCCUGAUCACAGGAACACCCCUUCAGAACUCUCUCAAAGAGCUAUGGUCCUUACUACGCUUCAUUAUGCCUGAGAAGUUUCAUUCUUGGGAGCUGUUUGAAGAAGAGCACGGCAAAGGAAGAGACUCUGGCUACACUAGUCUGCACAAAGAGCUGGAACCUUUUCUUCUACGCAGAGUCAAAAAAGAUGUGGAGAAAUCUCUUCCUGCCAAAGUGGAACAGAUCCUCAGAGUGGAAAUGAGUGCUAUCCAGAAGCAGUAUUACAAAUGGAUCUUGACCAGGAACUACAAGGCUUUGAGUAAAGGCACCAAAGGCAGCACAUCAGGCUUCUUGAACAUCAUGAUGGAGUUGAAGAAAUGUUGCAAUCACUGUUACCUUAUCAAGCCCCCAGAGGACAAUGAGUUCUUUAACAAGGCUGAAGCAUUACAGCAUCUGAUCCGCAGCAGUGGAAAGCUGGUUCUAUUAGACAAACUGCUUGUACGUUUAAAAGAACGUGGACAUCGAGUUCUUAUCUUCUCCCAAAUGGUCCGGAUGCUGGAUAUCCUGGCUGAGUACCUGAAGAGCCGGCAGUUUCUCUUUCAGCGGCUGGAUGGCUCAAUCAAAGGAGAGAUGAGGAAGCAGGCUUUGGACCAUUUUAAUGCUGAGGGCUCUGAGGAUUUCUGUUUCCUCCUAUCGACCCGUGCUGGUGGUCUGGGCAUCAAUCUUGCCUCAGCUGACACAGUAGUCAUCUUUGACUCAGACUGGAAUCCUCAAAAUGAUCUGCAAGCUCAAGCCAGAGCGCACAGGAUCGGACAAAAGAGACAGGUCAACAUAUACCGCUUGGUUACAAAGGGCUCUGUAGAGGAAGAAAUUAUUGAAAGAGCUAAAAAGAAAAUGGUACUGGACCACCUUGUGAUUCAAAGGAUGGACACCACAGGAAAAACAGUUCUUCACACAGGAUCUGCUCCGUCCAGUUCUGCACCGUUCAACAAGGAGGAAUUGUCUGCUAUUUUAAAAUUUGGUGCUGAAGAGCUUUUCAAAGAACCAGAGGGUGAAGAACAAGAGCCUCAGGAAAUGGACAUUGAUGAAAUUCUCAAACGUGCGGAGACCAGAGAGAAUGACCCAGGACCGUCUACAGUGGGGGAAGAGCUGUUGUCUCAGUUUAAGGUGGCCAACUUCUCGAUGAUGGACGACGAGGAAAUCGACAUGGACUCUGAGAGGAGCCAGCGCAGUUGGGAUGACAUCAUUCCAGAGGAGCAGAGGAGGCGGAUGGAGGAGGAAGAAAGACAAAAAGAACUUGAGGAGAUCUACAUGCUUCCACGCAUGAGGAACUGUGCCAAACAGAUAAGCUUUAAUGCGGGUGGUGGUCGAGCGAGCAGAAACAGGAGGUACUCAGGCUCCGAUAGCGACUCUGGUUCAGACCGAAAGAGGCCAAAGAAAAGAGGCAGACCACGAACGAUACCACGAGAAAACAUCAAGGGCUUUAGUGAUGCUGAAAUCAGACGGUUUGUCAAAAGUUACAAGAAAUUCGGAGGACCUCUCGAGAGGUUGGAUGCGAUUGCUCGAGACGCUGAGCUGGUGGACAAGUCUGAACACGACCUCAAGCGUUUGGCAGAAACGGUCCACAACGGUUGUGUAAGAACACUACGAGAGAACCCAUGCGGUCCAGAGAAAAGCUCAGGAGGCAGGAGGGGGAAGGUGAAGGGGCCCACAUUCAGAAUCUCUGGUGUUCAGGUGAAUGCUAAGCUUGUAAUCUCACAUGAGGAAGAGCUGGCCCCCCUCCAUAGGGCCAUUCCAUCUGACGCAGAGGAAAGAAAGAGGUAUAUGAUUCCAUGUCAUGCAAAAGCAGCUCACUUUGACAUUGAGUGGGGGAAGGAGGAUGACUCCAGCCUCCUCAUAGGAAUCUAUGAGUAUGGUUAUGGAAGCUGGGAGAUGAUCAAGAUGGACCCCGACCUCAAUCUCACACACAAGCUUCUACCAGACGACCCUGACAAGAAACCACAGGCUAAGCAGCUACAGACCAGAGCAGACUACCUCAUCAAGCUACUCAGCAAAGACCUAGCUAAGAAGGAAUCUCAAAAACAAACUGGAACGGCCAACUCCAGGAAGAGGAAACCAAGAAGCAAGAAGAGCAAACCUCAAAAGCCCACGAAGAUAGAUGAGACAGUGAAGAGCCCAUCCUCAGACCCUCUGUCAGACACGAGAGAUGAUGAUGACGAUGAGGACGAUGAUGAUGAAAUUGAAGAGGAAAAGGAGGUGGUGCCAGUGAAACUACCGAGCAGGCGAGCCAAAACUGAAAGGGUCACUGUGAAGAGUGAGAAGGAAGAUGAUGAUGACGAUGAUGAAGAUGACGAGGAUGAGGAUAAUAAUGAUGAUGACGAUGAAGAGGAGGAAGAAGAGGCAGAGCAGGAAGAGUUGUCAUCUUCGGGGGAGUUAGAGGUGAAGAAAGAUUUCAAAAAGGAAAAGGAGGAAGAUAUCGAGAUCAAGGAGUCAAAGGAGCAAAAAGACAAGAAGGACCUUAAGCCUCUUGAAGCAGUACAAAAAGAAGAAGCGAACGAGAAGAAUGAAGUAAAGCUGGAGGCACGAGAGCGAAUGAAGAGGACCUCUGAUGGUCCUGUCCACAUCACAGCCAGUGGUGAGAAUGUCCCCAUAUCUGAAGAGUCAGAAGAGCUGGACCAGAAGACCUUCAGUGUGUGUAAGGAGAGGAUGCGGCCUGUGAAAGCUGCCCUGAAGCAACUGGAUCGGCCGGAGAAGGGACUGUCGGAGCGCGAGCAGCUGGAACAUACCCGACAAUGUCUCAUCAAGAUUGGAGAUCACAUCACAGAGUGUCUGAAGGAAUAUUCCAACCCUGACCAGAUCAAACAGUGGAGGAAAAAUUUGUGGAUAUUCGUUUCAAAAUUCACAGAGUUUGAUGCAAGGAAACUUCACAAGCUCUAUAAACAUGCUAUCAAGAAGAGGCAAGAGAUUGCCCAGCAGGCCAUGGAGCAGAAUGCUAGAAACGCCAACACUUUUGGCUACAAACACACAGACAUCGAGAGGUUAAAGGACAACUCCCACCAGGACGAGAGCAGCAGGGACAGCUACAGCUCGGACCGGCUCCAACCCUCAGCUAGAUACCAUGACAGCAGUGGCGGAAGCAAGGAGCGACAAGGUUCAGAUCCACACAGGAAGCCAGUUGGAGACUCCAGGAAGAGGCCGUACUCCUCGUUCAGCAAUGGCAAGGACCACCGAGACCACUACAGACCAGACAGCAGGGACAGAGACAGACAAGACAGAUACUACAGUGACGGUAAGCACAGGAAGCUGGAGGACUCUCGCUCUACCAGAGAGCACCGGCCCGACAUGAAGGACCACCCCCAUUCGGACCACCGUUCGUCCUACCGCUACCACUCAGACUGGCAGUCGGAGCAGCGAGCUUCAGCCAGUGGACCCCGCUCUCCCAGAGAUCAGCGAUCACCGUACGACUCCCGCUCGCCGCUUGGACACCGCUCACCCUUCGAUUAUUCGUCAGACCACAAGAGCACGCCGGAGCAGAUCUGGAGCAGCCGAAAGACAUAGCAGGAGCUCCAGGGUCUGCUGUGAGCAGCCACAGACUCCCCCCUCAGCAGAUGCCUUACAGGGACCGUGGACUCCUCGCUGUGCACCAGUCCUUGGCGCAGCUCACCUCGGGAACCUGGGAGAAGGACGCCAUGGAGCGGCUCCAACCAGGCAGCAAAUUUAAAACAAAACAUAUUUUUGUAUUUAAAAAUCUAAAACUGUGGUGUUUGUCGGCUCCGCGGCACAGUCGUUUUGUUAUUUUUAUAAGAGUUUUUUUUAAACUGGACUCAGUCGACCCUGGGUGCUGCCUCAAACUCCCACAAAGCCGUGACACUGGAUCCUGUUUGACUGUCGACAUCCAUCUCCUCCACGCUCAAUGUGAUUAUCUACCUUAUUUAAGUGUUAACUCGACCAGAGGUCACAUGUUGGCGGCGUCUGCGCUCUCAGGCUUCAGCACCUGAAGUACCUCAUUUCUCAUUUCCCUGCAGGUUCCCAACAGACAUGAUUUAUUUAAUGACAUAUCUUUGCUGUAAAAAAUCAAGUAACUUGCAUUCUCUUUUUGUGAGCGAGCUGUGUCAUGUUUUUUCCUUUCAGUUAUACUGAUGUAAAUUUUUGUAAAAUAGUAAAUGGUUGGUCUUUUCCUCAGGCUUUUGGAAUUUAUUAUGACUCUACUUUCCCCAUCAACUCAGGCUUUUUGUCGUCUUUGUGUACAAUAGCUCCGUCGUAAUGAAGCUCCGAAUGUAACUUUUGGUAAAGGGAACUUUCUUCUAAUCACACUCACUCUUGCUCAGUUUCAUGUUGAAUCAGAAGAGGGAGAAGUCAUUUUGCGGGCGGGAAGGGGGCGUGACAAUUGUCUUUCAGAUAGAAGCACCUGCUAGACUUACCUUUUUGUUUUCUUUUGAUUUUCUACGUAGGCAAUAAUGACAUCGAUGUUCUAUGCAGCCAAGUAUAUUUGUGGUGAACCAGCGAACUGAAUCACUGUUAGGGUUCACUCUGUUGUAAAUACAUUUCCACGAUAUUUCAAGAUGAAUUUACACUGAAAGUGCAUGAAUUUUUACAAAACUGUUUUAUAUAGUUGUCUAUGAAGCCAUUAAAAUCAAUCACUGUACUCACUGCGAGCCGCUCUCUUCCACACCAUGUCACCUUUACUCUGCCAAGAAAAACACCCGAGAUCGACAACUGGGCUUGUUGUGUCACACACACGCUUUUGUUAUCGGAUAGUGAUGUCAGUCAAUAAAUGCCUUUAUAUGUUACUUACCUGAUU